AUUACAACAAUUGUAUUAAGACAACAGCUUUGUGCGUUUCCUACAAAAAUACAGAUUCACGAAAUUACACAUUUACGACCAGAGCUUGUUUUUUUCUCUAUUUCUCUACCCUCUUAGCUUCGGAUCUUCCGAAGUUGUAUUCUCCUACAAGGUUUCUCUUUCGUUAAACCAUUUCAGGUUUCUUCUUCUUUUCCUCUUUCUUGAGAUUUUGCGACAUAUCACUGAAAGCAAAUAUAUUUGGGAUGCAGAAAGAUGGGGUUGAACGACACCUCUUGGUUCUUAGACGCCUCUGAUUUUCCGUCUGCAUUGGGGUUAUUCUGUUUUCUCCAUAAUGAUUUCAAAUUUGCAGCUCAUACGGCAUUUAAGUUCUCGUGCCAGAUGCACAAUGAAGCCACGGUGCUUAAGCAUCCAGUAGUCGUGCUGAAGCACGGCCUUGUUGCAGACGGUUGAAUGCCGAAACAAGGCCUCCUGCUCGUGAAAAAAACGAAGUAAUCAUAUCAGCAGGAGAAGAAUUAUUUAUAGUUUAAGGUAGGAUUGUUAGUUGAAAAUGGAGAAGAAAGGAAAUGUAUUGAUGCAGAAAUAUGAAUUGGGGAGAUUAUUAGGUCAAGGCAACUUUGCUAAGGUUUAUUAUGGAAGGAAUCUGAAAACUGGACAGGGUGUAGCUAUCAAGGUAAUUGAUAAAGAGAAGGUUCUAAAGGCUGGAUUGAUAGAACAGACCAAACGAGAGAUAUCUAUUAUGGCACUGGUCAAACACCCACAUGUUUUGCAGCUAUACGAGGUCAUGGCAACUAAGUCUAAGAUUUACUUUGUGAUCGAACAUGCCAAAGGCGGGGAGCUUUUUAACAAGCUGGCAAAGGGGAGGCUCAAGGAAGAUGUUGCUAGAAAGUUCUUUCAGCAACUGAUCACCGCUGUUGAAUUUUGCCACAGCCGAGAUGUUUAUCACCGUGAUCUCAAACCGGAAAAUCUCCUGCUGGAUGAGAAUGGAAACCUAAAGGUCUCAGACUUUGGAUUGAGUGCAUUGGCUGAGUCUAAGAGGCAAGAUGGCUUACUCCACACAACGUGCGGUACGCCAGCAUAUGUUGCGCCCGAGGUGAUUGGUAGAAAAGGAUAUGAUGGUGCCAAAGCUGACAUCUGGUCUUGUGGGGUGAUCUUAUUUGUCUUGUUGGCUGGUUAUCUUCCAUUCCAUGACUCAAAUCUUAUGAAUAUGUAUAGGAAGAUAAGCAGGGCAGAAUACAAAUGCCCUAAUUGGUUCCCACUAGAAGUGCGUAAACUUCUCUCUAGGAUCCUUGACCCAAACCCUCAUACAAGGAUUUCAAUAGCCAAAAUUAAGGAAAGCUCCUGGUUUAAGAAAGGGUUGGAAUCCAGGCAUGUGAGAACCAAACUAGUACAGAACCAAAAUGUUAAUGCAGAUGGCAAUGUUGUUUGCAGUUCGAGUUUGGAGAACAGCAUCUCUUCCUCUGACACAAAGCUAGAGUUAGCAAAACCUAUGAAUCUUAAUGCAUUUGAUAUCAUCUCUCUUUCAAGUGGUUUUGACUUGUCUGGUCUAUUUAUAAGAAAUUAUCAAAAGGAGGAACUGCAAUUCACAUCGGUGAAGCCUGCUGCGGUCAUCAUAUCCAAGCUUGAGGAAGUUGGCAGGAAUCUGAACCUAGAAAUAAAGAAAAAAGAAGGUGGAUUUUUGAGAUUAGAGGGAUCAAAAUAUGGAACUCUAUGCAUUGAUGUGCAAAUAUUUGAAGUUACUGACUCCUAUUACUUGGUUGAGCUGAGAAGGUCAGGUGGUGAUGCGAUCGAGUACCAAAAUAUGUUGACACAAUCUAUUAGACCAGCACUUGAGGAAAUUGUUUGGGCGUGGCAAGGUGUGCAAUCUCAUCAUUAGUUAGUAGAAUCACUAAAAAAGAGCUUCUUAUUUCCAGAUGCUCACUCUGUCAGUUUAUCUUACUUUUGUAUUAAGUAGUAUCUAAGCUAAUCCUGAUUCUGCCUGUUUGGUUUGCUAGUACUAAUUGUCAUUUUUCACUAUGUAUCUGCCUGUUUUCAGCACCUAUAUAUCCAAGAAAGCAUAUUACUGCAAACUUCAAAUUGUUUUCCUGGUCGACGAUUAUUUUGUUGUUUCAGCUCAUAUAUAUUCUGCCUUAUGCAA